ACCAGGUAAUUUAGCCAACACUUUCAUUGGUUCUUUUCGCAUGCCCAUCAAGCGGAGCAAGAUUCCCUGGGACCAUAACAUGAGUCCCAUUCCUAUGAAACGGUCCCAACAAAACUGCUUUACCCUGUGGAGCACCGUGGUACAGCCCGACACACUUGGCCGUCGUCACUGUGUAGCCUAGCUUGCUAUCAGUUGUGGUUGCCUGCCGAAGCUGAUUGUUGCUUUCUGUCAUGUUUCCGUGUCGAUUUCUAUUUCAAACGUAGCCAGCUGCUGUCAGUUGUUUGACUGUAACUAAUGUUGCCUACUUGAGAUGUAACCUUUCGCGUGGAUUUUAACAGUGAUCUGGGUGCGGCACUUUGUUUGGAGAAAAAGGGGUUUUCGCUCUGACGGUGGACUUUUUUGCCUUUUGUAUUUCCUCGCCUGUUGUGGACAUUUUGGAUUUCAAUUUUAUUUUUGUUUUUUCAUUUAUUUGAAUUGUCUCAGCGGAUUUGGGGCUACUUUUACGAAACUCAAGUACAUUUCUGUCACCAUCCCAUACUUGGAAUUUGUUUUCUUUUGUCAAGAAAACUUUAAACGACAAUUGAGUUUUGGAGAGGAUUGAUCCAGGCGAAAGAAUGUAUUAGCAAGCUAAUCAGUUAGCUUAUUUCUCCACCGAACCCCAAGCUAGCUAGCAGAAGCUAGCCUCAUAUCAAAGAACCGAGGCGAGCUAAUCCGUGUGCCCAAAUGACUCCCUGACUGAGGAAUGUCAGCCACAUAUGCGGAGGAUUUUAAUUGAUACCUGGGCACAAAUCCUUAAAUGACUACGAACCACUGGAGUCAAGAUCUUCCGUUACAGCAAAGUUGAGCACCUGUGCAGCUGUGAUUGUUCUCCUCCAGCUCAGGAUCCAGCAGAGCUCCGCGUAAAUGACAAGGAGUGCUGGUGGUAGGCCUUGAUCUUCUCUCCCCUUACCCCUCUCUCCCCUCCUCCUCCCUCUCCUCCUCUCCUCCUCCUCCUCCACCUCCUCCUCCGCGAUGAGCAAGCGUAGCCUGCUGGUGCGGCUGGUGCCGUGCCGGUGCUUGCGUGGCGAGGAGGAGGCGGUGACCUCGCUGGACUACUCGCACUGCAGCCUGGAGCACGUGCCCAAGGAGAUCUUCAGCUUCGAGAAGACACUCGAGGAGCUCUACCUGGACGCCAACCAGAUAGAAGAGUUACCUAAGCAACUUUUCAACUGCCAGCUGCUGUAUCGUCUGAGCAUGCCCGAUAACGACCUGACGGUGUUGCCGGCGGCGAUAGCCAACCUCACCAACCUCAGAGAGCUGGACGUCAGCAAGAACAGCAUCCAGGAAUUCCCAGAAAACAUCAAGAACUGUAAGGUGUUGGCCAUAGUGGAGGCCAGCGUCAACCCCAUCUCCAAGCUUCCGGAAGGCUUCACCCAGCUCCUCAGCCUGACACAGCUCUACCUGAACGAUGCCUUUCUAGAGUUCCUUCCAGCCAGCUUUGGCAGGUUAACCAAAUUGCAGAUCCUGGAACUGCGAGAAAACCAGCUGAAGAUGUUGCCAAAGAGCAUGCAUAAACUCACCCAGCUGGAGAGGCUGGACCUGGGCAGCAACGAGUUCACUGAAGUGCCUGAGGUUCUGGAGCAGCUAUCGGGGAUCCAGGAGUUGUGGAUCGAUGGGAACAGGCUGACAUUUCUGCCGGGGAUGGUGGGCACCCUGAAGCAGCUGGCCUAUCUGGACGUGUCCAAGAACAGCAUUGAGAUGGUGGAUGAACAGAUAUCUGGCUGCGACAACCUGCAGGACCUGCUAUUGUCCAACAACGCACUCACACAACUACCAGGAUCUAUAGGCUCCCUGAAGAGGUUGACGACCCUGAAGGUGGACGAGAAUCAGCUCAUGUAUCUCCCGGACUCCAUAGGGGGGCUGACGGCGUUAGAGGAGCUGGACUGCAGCUUUAAUGAGAUCGAGGCUCUGCCGGCCUCUGUAGGCCAGUGCGUCAACAUGCGCACCUUCGCAGCCGACCACAACUUCCUGGUACAGCUGCCCCCAGAGAUGGGCAGCUGGAAGAAGGCGACGGUGCUGUUCCUGCACUCCAACAAGCUGGAGUUCCUGCCGGAGGAAAUGGGGGACAUGCUGAAGCUCAAGGUCAUCAACCUCUCAGACAACAAGUUGAAGAAUCUGCCCUUUACCUUCACCAAGUUGAGCCAGAUGACGGCCAUGUGGCUCUCAGAGAACCAGUCCAAGGCCCUGAUCCCGCUGCAGAAAGAGGAGUGUCCUGAGACCCAGAAGACGGUGCUGACCAACUACAUGUUCCCCCAGCAGUCCAGAACUGAGGAAUAUGUUCCCAACUCGGACAGCGAGAGCUUCAACCCGGUGCUGUGGGAGGAGCAGAGGAAGCAGCGCGCCCAGGUGGCCUUCGAGUGCGACGAGGACAAGGACGAGAGGGAGACGCCGCCACGGGAGGGCAACCUGAAGCGCUACCCGACGCCGUACCCUGACGAGCUGAAGAACAUGGUGAAGACGGCCCAAUCAGUAGCCCACCGUCUCAAGGAGGAGGAGGGGUCAGGAGAGGAGGGGCGACCGCUGACCAAUCACGUCAUCGGACUGCAGGACGUCGGAGUCAAGGUGAUAGAGGGGCCGUAUCCUAACGGUAAGGCGGUGGAGAUGGAGUCGUCUGCAGCAGGGGCAGUAGCGGUGUCCGAGUCCCCUAGGGCAGUGCCAGAGGAGCAGGGGACCCCGCGGACGGAGCCCCUCUCCUCUACAGAGGCAGCGCAGGCCACACUCAACCACGAAGACACACUGGAGGAUUCUGAGGAGUUGUCUUCUGAGGAAGAGGAUCAGAUGAAGAUGGCGGAGAUGAGGCCUCCACUCAUAGAGAUCUCCAUCAACCAGCCCAAAGUACUGGCCCUCGGGAAGGACAAGAAAGAUGACGGUAAGGAUGCCGACUCGCUCCUGGACGACACGGUUGCCAAUAGCAACCAGAACAACAGCAACUGCUCAUCGCCGUCGCGCAUGUCAGACUCCGUCUCCUUGACGACCGACAGCAGCCAAGACAACUCCCUCUGCACCCCCGAGAAGGAGGCGCGCAUGCACCUGCUCCCCAAACACAGGCCAGAGGAUGAGAACCUGAAUGUGCUUCCGCAGAAGGGCACCCCGGUGCUGCAGAACAACUACAACGGCUCUGACCAGCAGGUCUACCCCGCGCAGCAUCAGCCCACCUACGACCGCCAGCUCAGCGUGGAGGAGAAGCUGGCCCUCAUCGACAAGAGCAUCAACAACGGCGUGCCGCAGGCGUACAACAAGUGGGACCAGAUCAACAUGAACAUGUCUAACACCCCGGACGGCCCCAUCAUGAUGUCAUCGUCCCGUAUCGACAACGCCAACGCCUACCUGGAGAACGGCAACGGCCUGCUGGGCCCCAAGACGCCCUCCUCCGAGCGCCUCAUGGACAUGCGGGGCUCCGACGAACGCCUGCCGCCGCCGCCACGCUACGAAAGCGUUACCACGACAACGGCAUGUGCAGGCGUGACGGCCAGCGAGCAGCAGCACGGCCUAUCGCACAGCACCGAGGAGCUGUCGCCCGAGCGACGACCCCACCCCCCGCAGCCCGUCACUAAGUCCCACAGCGUCAGCAACGUGGACGCGGGCGGUGGUGGGGGCAUGAGGCUGUACGCCAUGGAGGCGGAGGGGGGAGCGUACGAGUACGAGGUGUCCGGGAGACAGGCGGUCGGGGCCGGGGGUGUCGGAGGAGCCAUGGGGGUCGGGGUCGGGGUCGGGGUUGCACAAGGCCAGAGCAUCGUGCGCUCCAAGUCGGCCUCGCUGCUCAACUCCCAGCAGCCUUUGCAGGUGCACCAGGGAUCCUCGGCCUCCUCAUGUGACCUGCUGAAUUCACAGAGGCCGCCCAACGUUGCCGUGUCAGGCCGCGGGCCCCCGCCCCAGUACAAGGUGCAGUACUCGAGCUCGGUGCCCAAGGAGAGUGGCUGGGCGUCAUCAGGUCGUACCCCCGUGCCCCCCGAGCCCUACCUGCCCCCCCACCCCCAGCACUCGCUGGCCAACACCAACUACUCCAACCGCAACCAGGCGCCGCCGUACCCCAUGCCAGCCCACCAGGGGGCUCCACCUCCACAGCAGCAGCAGAUGUGGGCCAAGCAGGACCCUCGCCUCCUGGCCCAGCAGCAACGCAGCACCCUGCAGAGACAGGCCAGUAACUCCUCCUCCAUCUCCAUGUCUAUGGAGCCUCGUCGCGUGGCGGUGCCCGAGGGAGACUACCUUAGCUAUCGGGACCUGCAGCAAGGGGGGCCGUUGCCACGGGGACCACUGGGGGCCAGCCUCGCUCAGCAGCAGCAGAGGCCCCUCUCCGCACGCACAUACAGCAUGGACGGCCCCGGGAUGCCGCGUCCCCACAGCGCCCGGCCGCCACCCCACGAGCUGCCGCCCGAGAGGACCAUGUCCGUCAGCGACUUCAGCUACGGGGGGGGCCACGGGGGCGGUGGUGGUGGCCAGGCCAGCCCCGGGAAGAGGCCCGGGCCCCGGGUGAAGAGCGAACACUCGCUACUGGACGGGCCCUCGGGGAUGGGCAUGGGGAUGGGCAUGAGCGUUGGCAUGGGGGGGAUGGGCAGUAUGGGUGGCAUCCCUGGCAUGAUGGGAGGAGGAGGAGGAGGAAGAGGAGGAGUGCCAGCUGACUGGAGGGACCAGGUGAUGAGGCACAUCGAGGCCAAGAAGAUGGAGAAGGAUGAGAUCCUAUGGGGACCGGGCCCACCAGCGUACCCCUCAGACACCCAGAGAAAAGUGCCCAUGAUGAACGGGCGUCCCCAGAUGGCGUGCGGGCAGCCCACGAUGGCGCGCCACCCGUCUCGAGAACAGCUGAUCGACUACCUGAUGAUGAAGGUCAACCAGCACCCUCAAGGUCACCCGCCCCCGCCACACGACACCAAGCUGCAAGAGAUCCAUGUGAAGAUGGAGAAGAGUCCUGAGCUGGGCUUCAGCAUAUCGGGAGGCAUAGGCGGACGGGGAAACCCCUUCAGACCCGAAGACAACGGUAUCUUUGUGACGCGGGUGCAGCCUGACGGGCCGGCAUCUAAACUCCUACAGCCAGGGGACAAAAUAGUCCAGGCCAAUGGCUACAACUUCGUCAACAUAGACCACGGCAACGCAGUGUCCCUUCUGAAGACUUUCCCCAAUACUGUGGACCUCAUUAUCAUCCGGGAGAUGGCCGCGUAGAUCAGACCUCAUCAUCAUCAUCAUCAUCAUCAUCAUCCGAGAGAUGGCCGCGUAGAGGACACCGCCGAUUAGCCUCUGAGACACACACACACACACACACACACACAAUGCGAUACGCGCGGACAGGAGAUCAGGCGUGCUCCUGAAUGUCCACUUUUUGGGUUGAUUUUCUUCUCCCCUGCAAGGUUGUUUGUUCAUGUUUUUUGUUUAGCUUUUUAGAGCCAGAUGCCGAGAGAUUUGACCCCGCAGUAAGAGACUGUGAAUGGACUGGACUGGGUCUCGCUCCUCCGGCACGUUUUGAAGUUUUAACCACUGGACUUUGGAAUCAAGGUGUUGGGACAGUCGCAUCAGAGUGGAACACGUUUUUUAUUUCUCUUUGUUCUGGUUCUCUCUGGUUUUCUCUAUUUUUUCUGGUUUUGUACACACCCUUGAUUUAGAAACCUUCACUGUGGAAUAGCUGUCUUGCGCUGACAGCAGACUGACUUUACAGACACGCUCCCCCCCUUCAGAGAUCUUAUUUUCCCAAUGAGUUUGACCCAAAUGAGUUUUUGGUAACAAUCAAAAUCCACAUGCGUUUUCGACUCUGCACUGACUCCAGAGCUCCACCAGGGGGCAACCUUCCCCCUCUGGCUUCCAUCCACACCACACACACACACACGACCUUGAGUGGCUACAUGUACAGUGAGUGAGGGAGGGCUUCAUUAGUCAGUCUGUUGGCGCUCUGUUGGAAAUACUGAAUGCCGGCCGGCCGCGUGUGUGACUGUGAAGCCGGCAAGAGAGAUUCAGAGAACUUGAAAAGAAGGAGGAAGACUCGCAUGUGCUUUAUACGGUGGGACAAGCACGUCGCUCUGAAGGCCCCCGAUGGAGAAGUCAACGCACCGCAGCUUUGAGGGAGUCUGGGAUCGGACCAGGCGGGAGUUGAGGGGUUACAUGCAGUGUUGGUUACAAUGCAGUAUGUGCCCCUCCCUGGCUGUUCCUCACACCUCCAACCCUGAUCCUCACCGGCUGCGGCGUGGAAAGACUGCUUUCCUGUUCUUUUUUUGUUUUUUUGUUUUGUUUUUUCCUUCCCUUCAGUCCCACCACCUAGCCCCUGAACCUCAUCCUUCAUUCCCCCACAACAACCCACAACCUCAAACCCCUCGUAGAUCCUAACCACUGUGGAAUAGAGAACGGCUGACAAGAUGACAGCGCGGGAAGUUUUUAAUGAGUAUGCAAUAAGAGAUUGUAAAAAAAGAAAGGCAGAGGUUUAUUUCUUCUCCUCCUUUCUCCAUUUUUUUGUGGCGUGUGUGGAGUUGGUUUUCUAUUAAAUAAGAGGACUUGACUUGCGUUGCCUGGCUUUCAAAGAGAGGAGGAGGAGGAGAGGAGUGGAGUGAGUCUGAGAAACCAAAGUUCAUGGAAAAGUGUGGAGCUGGGGAGCUGGAGAGAAGGAGCAGGAGAGGAGGCAGCCUCAGAGGAGUUUGGUAUACCAGGAGGAGGGGCUCUCUGCUGAGGAGGUGUUCUCUAAUGAGGAGGUGUUCUCUAAUGAGGAGGUGUCCUCUCCUGACAUCUCAUGGCUUCUGUCUCCAUUAGUUUGUGUCCGUGGUUGGAGUGUCUUUUGCUGCUUUUGUGCAGGACUGAGAAAAAGGACGCGCACAGACACACACACACACACACACACACACACACACACACACACACACACACACACACACACACACACACACACACACACACACACACACAGUCACUUUGCCUUUCCACUAAUCUCGGUGCAGUCUUGCAACACACACACAUACACACACACACCUCACAUUGUCUCCCUCCCUCUCUCCUCCCCUCUCCCUCCCUUAUCCAUUGACUUCCUUCCUGUGACAAUACUGUUGGACAGAAAAGUGCCAAGAAACUCGAACCCUCAGCCCUGACUGAGGAAGAGUAGGAGGAGGAGGAUAUUAGCCUUCAUCCCCUGAGCAAUAUUCACCUACACACAACACCUGCUGAACCCACAGCAACACAACAAAACAAAACAGAACAGAACGUCUGGAACAGCAAUAGAGCAAGAACUGAUUAUUAUUAUCAUCAUUAUUUUGUUUUUCCGUGCAGCAAGAGAGAAGAGAGGUCUAUUUGAUUUUUACCGCAUUUACAUACAGUAAGCAUAAUACAUACACAAUGCAUAGUGUACACACAGAAAAGACAAAAAAAACCACAACAAAACAAAAGACCCUUUUAGGAGAUAUCCAUUGUGAUACCGCAUUUUUUAUGGCAACCUUUUAUAAUAGACAAAAAAAAACCUGAAACUGUAACUGUUUGGGGGUGGAUGAUCGUAUCGUACCGUGUGUCCUAACGGCAGAGACAUUUGAGUCGACUACACAGAGAUGUUUUAGUGGACUACACAAAGACUUUUGAGUAGACCACACACAAUCCUCUCCUGCCUGCCCUGCUCACGCCUCAUAUCCCACCCAGAUACCACAAAGGACACGACACAACUGGACAGGAGCGGCCCAACUGCAGCCGCCAUCGCGUCUCAAUGGCCUGAAUACACGCCAGUCCCCCUCAACUCAACUCAACUCAACUAAACUAGAUAGACACACCAAGAGGCGACACACACACACACAAACACACACCUCAAGAUGCUGAGCCACACUGCCCCCUACAGGGGUCAAAGGUGGGAUUGUAGUCGCCAUGGUAAUGUGAUGAACUCUUAUUGUGUGUGUGUGGCGAGUUAUCAGAACUGAACUGACUGCAUGAAGUGAAACAAAAAAAAAAUGAUGGGAUUGUAUUUUUGUAUCGGUAUCUAUUUUUCUUUUUCUCUUUUUACUUCCUGUUUUGAUUCCAAAGCAGGCACACGAAUGCUUAGAGAGAGAAAAAAAAAAGAUCAAAAACUCACAAACAUGAUGAUUAAAAUCUUUUUUUGUGUUUGUUUUCCUCAUGAGAUGAUUAUAAGGUUUAUUUUAUAUGCAAGAAGCACUGUUGAUUUUAUAAGACAAUGUACAUUUGUAAUGGCAUCAUGUCAGAAUAUGGUAAAGAAUGUUUUAGACAUUUCACAAGUCACAUAAUAAUUACAUCACAUAGCUGUC